AUGGCCCGAGUUUGCCCAAGGAAGCUCCGCCGACAAUGCGUUCCUACUCCUGCACCCGGUGGCCCCCACACCUUCUCUCUCCUCACUCCGGUGGCCUCCCCACCCCCGCCGCCGGCCCGGGGAUCUCGCUCGCUCGGGGCAGGCAAGGCCUCCCCGCGGACAUCGUCUCUACCGGUUCCGCUGCCACAGCCACCGCGCGCGCUUAGAGGGCUCCACAGCGCCGGCCUCCAGCUCCCGCGGGACAAACUGGCGGGGACGCCCCCGUUUCACCCUUCCUUCGAGCAGCCAGGGAUACGGUCCCCGCCGCCGUCCUUUGCACAGCUGCAGCUGGACGCGGAUGACGUGCUUCCACCGACCACCGCUGGCUGCCCUCAUGGCCAAGGCCAAUGGCACGACUGGUGCAGCUGUCGAGCCUGCUGCGCCUUAUCUAGCUUUGUUUGCCAUGAAUAUGAAAUGUGCAAGAAAAUGGCUGCUGCUGCUGCUUCUUUAGCAUAUGAAUGUGUCGAAAUAACUUAUCUCAAGGCUGCAUACCACAAAUGCGCCAUUGCAAGCAAGGAUCGUCAGGUGUUUCAGGCAGCUGUGCAGACUACACCAGGUCUUAGAAAGAAGUUCUAACGGCAGGUUCUGAUCGACCUAGAUCUCAAUGGUGCUGGAAACUCUAAUGAGUUGGCUAAACUCGUGCACAAGGUCCAUUUGCUUUGCCUGCUAGCAUGGGGUAGGGUAAUUGACAAGGCUUGCAAUGAUCCUCUUAUUCAGGUGCAUAAUAUGUGUAUUCAUUUCUACCCUUUAAAUUGCCCAUGUUCCAAAAUGAUGCAAUUUCAUGAUACAUUUUCAGGAGUUCUAAACUGAGGCAUCUUUCAAGAUAAACCAUGUUUGUUGUUCAAAUGUUCUUUUCAGGCUUCAGUUCUCUAUGUUUUACCACACGAUUUAGUAUGGAAUGGUUUAGACAUUCAGAAACUGGGAUGCUAAUAACCUGUGUAGUCUUGUGAGCUAGGUAAGCCCCCUUUGGGCCUUAUAUGUAUUUAACUAUUGUUCCCAUAUGUUGCUUACCUUUCUUAAAAAACAAAUAUAUUGUGCAUGUAACUCAAUUGUACUUUCUGUGUAAUUGCACGAUCUACUGGCAGGGUAUCUAUUGAAUCAAAUGUGGCUUUCGAACAGUCAUGUUGCACACGCCUGAAGAGGUAUUGUAUCUGCUCCCUUGUGAUUGGGCUUGCUGAAGGAAUUGGCUCCACCUUUUUUUUCAGAUUUAAGAACCCUAAAAAAUUGAAAUGAGCAUAAUCACAUUACAUUGCACCACAAUAUAUUUUCUGUUUGGACAUAUAACUACUUGCAUCACUGAACAGCAUGGCACUAAUAAAAUUCUCCUUAGUCUAAUUAUACAAAACCAGUAGUAUUAAAAAUCAUAGAACGGAGAUUGCUUGUUGAUUACGUACUACAUGCCCAGCCCAGCUAGUAGAUAAAGAGGUAGUACUAAUUAGAACACGGACAUCUGACUCAUGGGAGCCUGAGAAGCCAGAAUCCACAUCGAGAACUCCAUUUUGAACUCCUGGGAGCAAAUGGUUUCAUUGCCACAAGGGACUAUCAUUUGUACAGACACCCAGCGUGCAUAGAUGCGUAGCCCCUACUAAGU